AUGAAUUUAGAGUGAAACGGGUAUAUAUCUGUGGGCUUUUCCUUGGUGCAACCUAAGCUUCCCUUUGCAGAUUUUAGACUUGGGUAGGAAGGCCUGGCUACAUGAUCUGCUUUGCUUAGCUCUUGCUGAGACAACACAAACAAACUAUGUCCCGUUGCAUCAUUGGAUUCUAAUUCUUCUUCCAUUUAGCAUUAUUGGGUUUAGGCAUCUCUUAUCCUUGAUUUUCUCAUUCUAUCUUCUCCUAAAAAAUAUAUAUAUUUAAUUAUCCAUUUAUUUUUAAGUUUAAUUAUUCUUCUGUUUAUCACAUACUGUCUAGUCUGUUCAUACUUUCCCCCUACUUGCAUCACCCAACUUAGCCAUCGCCACUCUUUAUAAUCACAUACUCCUCACAGUUCUUCAUUGGAAAACUGAACUUUAACUCAUAAUCUCAACUAUUUUCUCUAACUCUGGCCUUGCCUAAUUCUUUUCCUGUUUAGCUUGAGAAUUCAAUCAGAGUUCUUUGUAUAACAUCUCUCAGAGGAGAGGGCCGAGGUAAGAAAUUUUAUACCAUCUUAAUAUUGGAGAAUGAAUGGCAAAAAGGGUAGCAUCAAGAUCGACAUUUGUCCAGCAUCGUCGAAAGUAAAACAGCCGGAAACAGGGAAGAAAUCAGCGGGAGUUGGCUUCUUCAUCAAAGAAUGGAUAAAGUCUGUGUGGGAAUUCUGCAAAGAAGACCCCAACAGAGUAACAUUCUCAAUAAAGGUGGGCCUUGCUGUUCUCCUUGUGUCCUUGCUCAUACUUUUCCAAGCACCUUAUGAAGUAUUCGGCACCAGCAUCAUAUGGUCCAUCCUCACUGUCGCCAUUAUGUUCGAAUAUACUGUUGGAGCGACGUUUAACCGAGGAUUGAACCGGGCACUGGGAAGCUUACUUGCCGGAAUCUUUUCAGUUGCCGUCAUCCAGGUGGCUCUGUGCUCCGGCCAUGUUGCUGAACCUAUAAUCAUCGGUUUCAGCAUCUUCUUGAUGGGAGCUGUGACAUCGUUCAUGAAGCAGUGGCCAUCCUUGGUUCCAUACGAGUAUGGAUUCAGAGUCAUACUCUUCACCUUCUGUUUGAUAGUAAUUUCUGGGUAUCGGAUUGGGACCCCAGUGAGGACUGCGAUGGAUCGGUUAUAUUCAAUUGGUAUCGGAGGGUUUGUAGCAGUUUUUGUGAAUGUCUUUGUGUGUCCUUCAUGGGCUGGAGAGAGACUCCACAAGGAGUUGGUUAAACAAUUUGAUGCUGUGGCUGAUUCUCUUGAAGAAUGUGUGAAGAAAUAUUUGAAAGAUGAUGGAUCUGAUCAUCCUGAGUUCUCAAAGACUGUUAUGGAUGAGUUUCCUGAUGAGCCUGCUUAUAAGGGGUGUAAAGCUACUCUGAACUCAUCAGCAAAGAUUGAGUCUCUGGCGAAUUCAGCGAAGUGGGAGCCGCCGCACGGCAGGUUCAGGCACUUCUUCUACCCUUGGUCGGAAUAUGUAAAAGUAGCCUCCGUUCUCCGGUUCUGCGCCUACGAAGUGAUGGCCCUUCACGGUGUCCUUCACUCUGAGAUACAGGCACCCUAUAACCUCAAGAUUACGUUUCAAUCAGAGAUUCAAGAAGCAAGUAGCCAAGCAGCAGAACUAGUGAAGAGCCUGGGAAAGGACAUAAUGAACAUGAAGAGAACCCAUAGGCCAUCCCUAUUGAAGAGGGUCCAUAUCUCUACAGUGCGCCUCCAAAGGGCUAUAGACAUGCACUCUUACCUUCUCACAUCAGGACAUGACUUUCUUGUCGAUAACAAUACCAAUACCAAGCCACUCUCUGAGCAGCUCUCUUACAAUUUGUCAUCUAUCCUCUCCGCUCCCUUCGCGGCCGACCAAGGCAGCGGCAAUGGCGAUGGCAAUGGGGAUGGAAAUGGUGGCCAGGAGAUGCCGGCAGAGAAUGGGACUUUGCCGGCACCGGUGGCAGCUGCAACUGAGUCUUACCAUGAGGCAAUGAAGAAGCAACAGAGAAGGCUAUAUUCGUGGCCAUCAAGAGAGGUGGAUGACUUUGAAGAAGGCAGCGUUGGGUUGGAUUUACUGCCUAGGAUGAAGGCACUAGAGAGCACUGCGUCCUUGUCACUCGCCACCUUCACUUCAUUGCUUAUUGAGUUUGUGGCUCGACUCGAUCACUUGGUUGAAGCCGUGGAUGAGCUUGCCAAGAUGGCUAAGUUCAAGGAAGAUGAUUUAUGAACUUAGGCACUCGUUUCUUGCAUCUCAUAUACACUCAAUUUAUUAAGGACUUAGGUAGAAGUCAUCCUUAAAAGCUCUAUCUUUAUUAUUAAUAAUGUAAAAUCAAGAGAGAGAGAGAGAGGUUGACAGUUGAUUGCUGCUUCUGUUUGAGCAAUAGCUAGAUCUUCUAAGUACAACUUGAUAAUUUCUUUUUAUCAAUUUCCCUUUUGUUUGAUCUUUUGGAUUUAGAACUCAAAAAUCUAAUCUUUAGAUUAAGGAAUCUAUGUAUAAUAACAAAGUUUGAAUUA